AAUCGGCCCUUCCGUGACAUGUCUAAAUGACAGUAGUAUAACAAGAAAAUUUUCAGUGAAGAGUAUUUCCAACAUUUCGAAAAAAAGAUCAGAAAAUGCCGCCACCGCCAAGAACAAAAGACCAGAGAAGGAGAUGGCAAAUACCGAAAUAUAAAUACGUGGGGAACCCCCAGUUGCCAACUUGGGGCCACGUGACGUCGCACUUUGGACCGGUCGUACCUCCUUGUAUACCGAGUUAUGUGCCUGUGCCCGUUUAUUCUCCGGCCAUUAUGAGCGGUUUCUCCACGACGUAUUGUCCCCCUUGUCCUCAACCGUGUCCUCAACCCUGCGGUCGAAAGCAUCCGUGUAUUUUAGAUUAAUUAAAUUAAAGUCUUUCCGUUAGCGACGAAUCACUUACCUUAAGGUCGAGAUCGCAUUAUUCACAAUAGCAACUGUGUUUGUUCAACUACAUCGAGAACGUGUGGCGCAAAAGAAAUCAUACAUUAAAAAUGUAAUGUUGGAAAAUGUUUUAUUUUUGGAAAAAUACAAUUUUAUUUGAUUUUCA